AUGGCCGAUCUCAAGGUUGAUCUUACCGCCCCGAACGGCAAGAAGUUCGCCCUCCCUACUGGUCUGUUUAUCGGGAACGAGUUCGUCAAGUCGGCCUCCGGGGCCAAGAUCACUAGUAUCAACCCAACCAACGAGGAGGAGAUAUGCUCGGUGGAAGCGGCCAGCCCGGAAGACAUCGACAAGGCCGUAGCCGUCGCCAGAGCUGCGCUGAACCACGAGUCGUGGCGGGACAUCUCUGCUACCGAGCGCGGCAGGCUGCUGUACAAGCUGGCCGACCUCGCCGAGCAGGAGAGAGAAGUGCUGGCGACCAUAGAGACCUGGGAUAACGGCAAGCCGUUCGGCGAUGCGACGGGCGACCUGCAGGAGGUCAUAGACGUCCUCCGCUAUUACGCCGGGUAUGCCGACAAGAUCCACGGCCAGACGAUCCCGACCACGAGCCAGAAGUUCGCCUACACCCUGAAGCAGCCCAUCGGCGUCUGCGCUCAGAUCAUUCCGUGGAACUACCCGCUGGCGAUGGCGGCGUGGAAGUUGGGGCCGGCGCUGGCAUGCGGGAAUACCGUCGUCCUGAAGCCCGCCGAACAAACCCCUCUAUCUAUCCUAUACUUCGCGGACCUCAUACGCAAGGCCGGAUUCCCUCCCGGCGUGGUUAACAUCACGAACGGGUACGGCAAGGACGCCGGGCAGGCACUCGCGAGCCACGCGGACGUCGACAAGGUCGCCUUCACCGGCUCGACCGCCACGGGCAAGCACAUCAUGAAGACGGCCAGCAGCAACAUGAAGAACAUCACGCUCGAAACGGGUGGGAAGUCACCGCUGCUCGUCUUCGAGGACGCCGAUAUCGACCAGGCGGCGAAGUGGGCCCACGCCGGGAUCAUGAGCAACAUGGGCCAGAUCUGCACGGCAACGUCUCGCGUGCUCGUGCAGGCGUCGGUGUACGACCAGUUCGUCGAGGCGUUCGUCGCGGUGGUCCGGACGACGAGCAAGGUCGGCGACCCGUUCGCCGAGGACACGUUCCAGGGCCCGCAGGUAACCAAGACGCAGUACCAGCGGGUGCUGAGCUACGUCGAGUCCGGGAAGGCGGAAGGGGCGACGCUGGCGACGGGGGGCAAGCCGAGCCCGAUCGGCGGGAAGGGGUACUUCAUCGAGCCGACGGUGUUCACGAACGUGAAGCCGGGGAUGCGGAUCUACCGCGAGGAGGUGUUCGGGCCGUUCGUGGCCAUCGCGGUGUUCGGCGACGAGGCGGAGGCGGUGGCGAUGGCGAACGACACGACGUACGGGCUGGGCGCGGCGGUGUUCAGCCGCGACGUGGAGCGGGCGCACCGGGUGGCGGGGCGCAUCGAUGCCGGCAUGGUCUGGAUCAACUCGUCGAACGACUCGGACUUCCGCGUGCCGUUCGGCGGCGUGAAGCAGAGCGGCAUCGGGCGCGAGCUCGGCGAGGCGGGCCUCGCCGCCUACUCGCAGAUCAAGGCCGUGCACGUGAACCUCGGCCAGAAGCUGUGA